GCACAGGGGCAGUUGCGGAAAGAAAUUCCAAGCGCUCCAUCCACCUGUGGUACCGUCGUCCUCCCCCGAGAUGCUUCCAAUACAAAUCCCUUCUCAUUUCCGUGUACCGGGCCCCUGUCGCUGAGACGGGUCAAAACUCACUGAGCCAGCCACCGCGCGCCAGAGAAGGAGAGGACCGUACAGAGAGCAAAUUCGCCGGAACCCCAUCGUCUUUCCGUUCUUGCUCAUCUCGCAUGGAGAUUGCACCGGCUGCGGCGUUGGCGCACGGCAACGAGAUUGAAAACGGAAACGUUCCUGUCGAUGGCCUUCAAGGCCCUGCUCCUUCUUCCUCGUCUUCUUCUUCGUCCUCAUCUCCUAGUAGGUCCCCCGGGAACGGAGCGAAUGCGCCGAGCAAGUUUGACGAUGAGGAAGAGGAAGAGGACGUUUGCCGGAUCUGCCGAAACCCCGGUGACGCCGACAAUCCUCUCCGGUAUCCAUGCGCAUGUAGCGGCAGCAUCAAGUUCGUUCACCAGGAAUGUCUUCUUCAGUGGCUUAAUCACAGCAACGCUCGCCAAUGCGAGGUUUGCAAACACGCAUUUUCCUUCUCACCUGUUUAUGCCGAGAAUGCUCCAGCAAGGCUUCCUUUUCAAGAGUUUGUGGUUGGGAUGGCAAUGAAAGCAUGUCAUGUUCUCCAAUUCUUCUUGCGACUCAGUUUUGUUCUUUCUGUUUGGCUCCUCAUUAUACCAUUUAUUACAUUUUGGAUAUGGAGAUUAGCUUUUGUGAGGAGUUUCAGUGAAGCGCAGAGAUUAUUUCUGAGUCAUAUAUCUACCACCGUAAUUCUGAUUGAUUGUCUGCAUGGUUUCCUACUUUCUGCUAGCAUCGUAUUCAUUUUUCUUGGGGCAACAUCUUUGAGAGAUUACUUCAGGCAUUUACGAGAGAUUGGAGGACAGGACGCUGAGAGAGAAGAUGAAGGUGAUCGAAAUGGUCCUCGUGCUCCAAGAAGGCCUCUUGGACAAGGAAAUAGGAAUUUUGCUGGUGAUGGAAAUGCUGAAGAUGCUGGUGGAGCACAGGGUAUUGCUGGAGCCGGUCAAAUUAUUAGAAGGAAUGCAGAAAAUGUUGCGGCCCGGUGGGAGAUGCAGGCAGCUCGCCUUGAGGCUCAUGUUGAGCAGAUGUUUGAUGGUCUGGAUGAUGCUGAUGGUGCAGAGGAUGUACCCUUUGAUGAGCUUGUUGGCAUGCAGGGCCCUGUCUUUCAUUUGGUUGAAAAUGCAUUUACUGUCCUGGCAAGCAAUAUGAUAUUCCUUGGUGUUGUAAUUUUUGUGCCCUUCUCACUUGGUCGGAUUAUUCUCCAUUAUAUAUCAUGGCUUUUCUCCUCCGCUGCUAGGCCAGUGUUGACUACAGUCAUCCCGCUCACUGAUUCAGCUCUCUCCUUGGCAAAUAUGACACUAACCACUGUUACUAAUUCGUCAUCUGAAAGCCAAGAGAAUGGCCUGCUUGGCCAGGUUGCAGAAAUACUGAAAAUUAAUGUGACUGGAUUAAAUGAAGUCACUGAUAACAUAACUGCACCACUUGUAGCAGAUAUCUUCAAAGGAACACCUAUGGGAACAUCAAGGCUUUCUGAUGUCACAACUCUUGCUGUUGGCUACACAUUUAUAUUUUCUUUAAUAUUUUUCUACCUGGGGAUUGUUGCUUUAAUUCGGUAUACAAGGGGUGAAUCUCUGAGCAUUGGGAGAUUGAAUGGCAUUGCUUCAAUUGCAGAGACUAUUCCAUCCCUCCUCAGGCAGUUCUUGGCAGCUAUGAGGCAUUUAAUGACCAUGAUCAAAGUUGCUUUCCUUCUGGUUAUUGAGCUUGGUGUAUUCCCAUUGAUGUGUGGAUGGUGGCUGGAUAUUUGUACCAUAAGGAUGUUUGGGAAGUCAAUUGGUCAAAGAGUUGAGUUCUUUUCAGUCUCGCCAUUGGCAAGUUCGUUGGUUCAUUGGGUUGUAGGGAUUGUAUACAUGCUGCAGAUAAGCAUCUUUGUCAGCCUUCUUAGAGGGGUUUUGCGUAAUGGAGUUCUAUACUUCCUUCGAGACCCAGCUGAUCCAAACUACAAUCCAUUCCGUGAUCUAAUUGACGAUCCUGUGCACAAGCAUGCUCGUAGAGUUCUGUUGUCAGUUGCUGUUUAUGGCAGUUUAAUUGUGAUGCUUGUGUUUUUACCAGUUAAACUUGCUAUGCGGAUGGCACCCUCCAUUUUCCCCCUGGAUAUUUCCGUAUCUGAUCCAUUCACUGAAAUUCCUGCUGACAUGCUUCUCUUUCAAAUUUGCAUUCCAUUUGCUAUUGAGCAUUUUAAGUUGCGGACAACAAUCAAGUCUGUUCUUCACUACUGGUUUACAGCAGUUGGUUGGGCACUUGGUUUAACAGAUUUCCUACUGCCCCAACCCGAGGACAAUGGUAGUCAGGAAAAUGGAAAUUGGGAGCCAGGAAGGCAGGAUAGAGUGCAUGUUUUACAGCAUGGUGGGCAAAAUCAACCAGUGGUUGGAUUUCCUGAUGAUUUAAACAGAGCCAUUCCUGCUCGAGCGAACUCUAAUAUUGCAGAAGAGUAUGAUGGUGAUGAACAAUCUGAUUCCGACAGGUACAGCUUUGUACUUCGCAUCGUGCUGUUAUUAGUGGUGGCCUGGAUGACUCUACUUAUUUUUAAUUCUGCCUUGAUAGUUGUACCCAUAUCACUUGGACGGACACUCUUCAAUGCCAUUCCGCUGCUCCCAAUAACUCAUGGCAUCAAGUGCAAUGAUCUAUAUGCGUUUAUCAUUGGAAGCUAUGUCAUUUGGACUGCUUUAGCUGGAGCGAGAUAUUCCAUUGAGCACAUCCGAACGAGGAGGGCUGCAGUUUUGUUGAAUCAAAUUUGGAAAUGGUGCUCCAUUGUUAUCAAGAGUUCAGCACUUCUGUCAAUAUGGAUCUUUGUCAUUCCAGUGUUGAUUGGUUUGCUUUUUGAGCUUUUGGUGAUUGUGCCAAUGCGAGUACCUAUAGAUGAAAGUCCAGUUUUCCUUCUGUACCAGGACUGGGCUUUGGGACUUAUCUUCCUUAAGAUCUGGACUAGAUUGGUCAUGUUGGAUCACAUGAUGCCAUUGGUGGAUGAGAGUUGGCGAACAAAGUUUGAGAGGGUGAGGGACGAUGGCUUCUCCAGGCUGCAGGGGUUAUGGGUGCUACAGGAGAUUGUCCUCCCAAUCAUAAUGAAGUUGUUGACAGCUCUGUGUGUUCCUUAUGUUCUAGCCAGAGGGGUUUUUCCUAUAUUUGGUUAUCCAUUAGUUGUCAAUUCAGCAGUGUACCGGUUUGCCUGGCUGGGUUGCCUCUGCUUUAGUUGCUUGUGCUUCUGUGCUAAGAGGUUCCAUGUCUGGUUCAUGAAUCUUCACAACUCCAUACGUGAUGAUCGUUAUCUGAUUGGCCGUCGGCUUCAUAACUUUGGGGAAGAUUCGGAAGAGAGACAAAGUAAUAUGGGGAUUUCUUCAGAAUCACGGAAUUUGAGUCUCAUGGAUGCUGAUGUAGGGAUGAGGCUGAGGCGCGGUAAUCGACAAGAAGCCUAAAUUAUGUGGCUGACCCAAUUGGAGACUGAUUAUCCAGUGAUUGUAUUGGUUCCAUGUUUAUACUGUUGAGGCAGGGUAUUUUUUUAGUGCAUUCCCUAGUUUAGUGUUACCGUCUAGUUUGUGCAUAUUGUCGCUGGGAUGUUGACCAGAAUGGAACCCCUGUGGAAUACUGAUUGAAGAUUAAAACGAUCGUAUAGUAAAGUGCAUUUU